AUGACUUUGAACGCGGAAGUUAUCAUGCAACCUCAUGGAAUUCUGAUAUGUUCAAAAAUCAUUAUUUUUUUGACCGAAAUCACUUUGUCCCAACUUCGUUUAGUAGAUCCGGAUUCGUUGAGGAAUGUGUCGGAGUUAAUCUCCAGCAAGGGCUACCCAGUUGAGGAACACAACGUUAUCACUGAAGACGGUUACGUACUGGCCAUUCAACGUAUCCCACGUGGCAGGGUCCAAGAUGGUAACGAACUUUCGUCCAGUAAAACGCCCGUACUCUUUCAACAUGGCUUUCUUGGUGCAGCCUCAGAUUACGUUAUAAACUUUCCUCACCAGAGCCUCGGAUUUAUUCUGGCUGACGCCGGUUACGACGUGUGGCUGGGAAAUUUCCGGGGAAAUACAUACUCAAGUCACAUAAACCUCUCAAGAGACUCGAGCGAAUUCUGGAACUUCAGUGCUGACGAAAUGGCAUCUGAAGAUUUACCUUCAACGAUUGACACUGUUCUCAAGAUAACGGGCAAGAAAAAGCUUCAGUGCAUCGGAUGGUCUCAAGGGGCGCUGAUAAUGUUCGCCCUGCUCUCUGAGAAACCAGAAUAUAACAAAAAGAUUAGCUUGUUCAGUGCAAUGGCACCCGCUGUCUACCUCGGGCAUUUUCGUGCUCCAAUGGCGCUUCUUGUACCAUUCGCGGAAUUAAUUAGGCCCAAGCCCCCCGGGUACACGCUGUCUCGAGUAGAGGUGCCCGUGGCAAUCUACUGGAGUAAAGGCGACUGGUUUGCCGUAGAGCAAGACGUGGCACACCUUCGACAGGAACUGGCUAACGUGGUGGAGUAUUACCAAGUGCCGGAGGAGCAGUUCACACACAUUGAUUUCGGUUGGGGCAUAAAUGCGGAGCCAAUCUUAUACCGCAAGAUGAUGAGCGUCAUGGAAGACUUCCGGACAUAA